AUGGUCAAGGUAGGGCCACGUCUCCCCCCGCCAACUCGCAGAGAACUGGCGAGGCAAGAAAAAGAGGCAAAGCGCGCCGAGCAACUGGCCAACGGCAUAGAUCCUGCUCUCCUUGGCGAGCCACGGGAACACCUAGCAUUGCUGAUAGCUAAAAAGACGCGCUCCAAACGUCUUGAACCAUCUGUUCUUGAACAAUCCUGGAAGAAGUGGGAAAAGAACCAGAAGCGCGCCCACGCUAGAAGAUUGGCAAAGUCUUUGAAGGAGAACAUCAACUCAGAGGGAUCACAGGAUUAUGGGGAUACAUCUCAAUCUGCGUCUUCCAUCACCAAUGAGAGCAACCAGGACCCUAAAGUGGAGACAAUCCGAGGUGAUUCUGUCGAUGCUCGCCUCCCUGAUAUGAAUUCGACGGCUAGUGAGAUGCACGGCAUUCUAGUGAGCUCUCCUGCAUGCCCCCUUGGCCCUGUUUCUAGUGAAUUGUCCUCUUUGUCUUUGACUGGGACCAGUCUUUCUCUUUCGUCUUCCGAGUGUCGUGGUGUUCUAGAUCCUGGUUCCAGUACAUCUCUACUGCCCUAUGCAUCCAAUACUCCUCUUCUGGGCGUCCAAAUAUCGACAGGCGACUUCUGGCCAGAUAAAAAUGCUGCUCCAUCAAAUCUGCUUGAUGACAUGAAAGAAGCAAACGAAUCUGCAAAGAUAAAGGAUAUAACUCACUUACAAGGAACCCCAGAAAGAGGAAAGUGUACCGAUCCGCCCACAGUGUCUUCCCAGUGUCCUCUUAAUACACUAUCUCGGGUUUCGUCUCUUCGUAAAUCACGAACAGUGAUGAAUGCAGCCUUAGCUCCUCCCCGUCUGACAUCGCGUAAAGGUUCUGCUAGUUCUUUCAUCUUCAGCGAGCCUUUGGAUUCCUCUAAGUUUUCCUCAAAAUCCUCUGUUUCUGCCAGUAUAAACACUCAGCGGGGGGAAUCUAGCGUUGUUGGUGGUUCUGAAUCUGUUACACCGACUGUUGAGUCAAUCCGUGGACUAAAUUUGACGCCUCGAGCUAGAGUAUCUGCAUAUGUUCGUCCAAGGUGCCCUGUGCUUGACGCGGAUCAAACUAUUUUGGCCGAGUCUAGAGGUCGAGACCGUGAUGUCAAUGACAAGGAUACAACAAAGCUUACCACCUGGCAGCCCCCUGUUCCUCCUUCCAAUGAUACCCGCCCAGGGAUCGAAAAUACGUUUGGGACCAUCGCCGCACCUGCGUCGUUGGCAAAGCAAGUUACGAAGAAUGCCUAUAAUAAUCACAAUGACGUUUUGAACGUCGGGAUUUUAUCAGGUGGUAUCUCGCAACAUACAAACCGGUAUGCAGCAUCUACACCCGAGGUUACUAGUGCCUUGGAGCCAAAACCUAUUCAGGAUCGUGUUUUGAAGGAACUAUCCAAUAAUGCUCCAACCGACCAGGCUGAGUUACAACCAAAUACCUACCAAAGUAAUACCCAAACUCCAAUUGUUAACGAAAUUAAGCCGAAACUCGGUUCUUCGUGUUCCAACGUCAUCAACGAAGGUUCUUCCAGCGUGCAGACUAUGGAUCAACCAAAUGUCGUUGGCGCAGGUGGUGAACCUGUAGGCCCAGAUACAUCACGAACACCGGCCGUUCUUGCCCCAGCAGCCUGCAUCGUUCAAGAUAAGAAACCCAAACCCAUCAAAAAAGACGAAGUGGUUGAGACGCAGAGGAGUCAGCGCAGGAGCUUUUUCAAUAUUCAGCCAGUUCUUAGGUCUAUGUUACGACCUGCUGCCCGCGACAACGGAAGUGAGCAGCCCACUGCCUCUGGAAAAUAUCCGGAUACACCUUUGAGUUCUUGGUCUGGAAUUGUCCCACCGGUGCCCACGCCUGCCACAAGGUCCCCUCUUAUCUUUGCUAUGGGUCUUCCCAGUCCGCCCUGGUCGCGUUCGAACGUUCUGCCUCGCCACGUAGCGGACACAAAUCCGGAGGCAGGGACCUCACGAGGAUUUGUCUUUGGGACUCCUCGCAAUGUGUCAAUACCAUCUUCUGCAUACAAUGAUGGAAAGGGCUCAUUUUCUUAUCAACUUCCGUUCGACAAUCAAACACAAUUGGCGAUUAUGAUGUCGGAUUCCACUGGAUUCAAUGCGGGAGGCGUUUCCGAACUGCAGUCAGUUCGACCGUCGAAUGGACGGAGUUGCAAUACCACAGAGCCGACUCUGCAACAAUGCAGACCAUACCUGAUCGAAGCAUACACACAAGCAGUACAGCCUGUUACAAUAUACGUUAUCGUCCCCGGCGGGAGUGUGACUACGCUAAAGCCUCCAACAGGGCCCACCUCAUUCACUUGGAAUGCCAAUGCUGCUCGUGGAACGUCCAUGAUGUUCAUGCUGGUUGAUGCCCAGGGACGUCAAGGUGGGAGCUCCGAUAUUAUUCCUGUCGGGGUAUCCGACGACACUAGUUGCCUCAAUGCUUCCUCGCCGUCCACGACAUCAAAUCCCCCAUUUUCAACCUCUACAUCGUCUUCCUCUCCUUCAUCCACCUCGGGAUCCAAGAGCGGAAUAUCUAUCGCUGCUGUUGCAGGGACAGUUAUUGGAGCCCUCAUUUUUUUGUCUGUUACAGUAACCCUUGGACUCUUUUUUCUUAGGAGAAAGCAAGAAAAGGCUAACCUUGGCUUCUCUGAUAAUAAGCCGAGUCGGCCACCAAGGAUGGGAUCUGGAACUGAUCUACCUUACGAUUCCAACCAUGGGUCUGGUGUGCUGCACAGCGGUGGUAUUCUACCAAGCAACUUGCCACCUUUAUCUCCAUAUCCUUAUUCACCCAAUUCUAGCAUUCCACAGAGUUCUAAUCCUUUCUUGGAUUCUCACUCAGGCGGACCAAACACUGCAUCAUCGCACAAUUUACUUUUACCCUCAGGGCAAUAUCAACCCAGUCCUUUCGAUGCAUCCAGCGAAUAUUUGCCUCGUCCUCCCCAUAUACAAGGGUAUCUCGACCAGUCGCCUUUGGAACCAAACAAGUCAUCCUCUCCCUCUAAACCCCCUGGAAUUGAACCCGAAACCUAUUUAAUGCAAACCAGGCCCCCGUCUUCAAUACCAGAGACGAUUUCAACAUCACGAAAGGCUGCACUUGCAGCAGCAGCGUCAAACCAGAGACCAACAAGGUUUAUUGUCCAUACAGAUGUUGAAGAUGACAUUCCUCCUCCCAAUGCAGACGGCAUUGUUGAGCUUCCUCCGCAAUAUAGUGAGCGGCGCGGUGCGCCUAGCUCUGCCAUUCAUCCACCAGAGCAGGCCGGUCCUCCUCCUGGUACAUACCCUCUAUGA